AUGAGCGAUAAAGAUCGCUUUGAAAAAAAAGAUUCACAGGGUCAUAACUCUAACGAAAAUACUACGUCAAGAAAAGAUUCAAGUAAAAAAUCAAAGAGUUCUAUUCAUGUUGAAGGUAGUGGUAGAGAAAAUGGUAAAAGUGACAUUCCAAUUCAAGGUUUAACACCAGAAACUCAAAGACUUAUUGAAUCAAUAAGAAAUUCAAAUAGUUCUAGCAGUAAAAAGAAUGUUCCCCAUUCUAUGGUCGAAGAAAUUUUAAGGGAAGCUAAAUUGAAGACUUUUCGUGCAAUAGAUAGCAGUAAUCAUGUAACAAAAUCUUCACGUGAGGAAAGUCGUAAGAAUCAUAGUUCAAACUCUAAUAAUAAAAUGUAUGAAUCUGGGGAGUCAAGAAAACAUGCUAAACCAUCUACAACAAUCGCUGUUUCUAGUAAUUCUAGUAAUUCUACUGGUCAAUAUGAUAAUACUUUAUCGGAUUUGGAUCAUAAUUGUAAAACAUUAAUACAACAUCCAAGGCAAGAUUCAGGUUCUUUCAUGGCAGAUGAAUGGAUUGAUAGAAAUAAAGGACAACAACAAAAAACAGAUAUUACAAAAAAUGCUGAUAUAUCGCAAACAAAUCGUUCACAUUCACGUUUAUCAUUACCAACUCGUUUAGCAAGUUUAAUAGGAAUUACUACAAGCGAGUCCAUUAUUGCUGAUUCACAAAAGGAAGAUACCAAAUCAGAUUCAAAUACUGUUACUUCUAUUAACAUUACAACAACACAAGCUACUACUGAUAUAAUCGAAAAUGAUUCUUCAAAAUUGAAUAAUGAAGACUCCUCUGGACGUAUAGAUGAUAGUAAUAAAAAGACCUUUAAUUCUUCUAAUGAGCAUAAUGAUGCAAAAGAAGGUCCUGGUAUAACUAUUGAUACUUCUAUAGGACGUUCUACUCGUAAAGAACAACGUUACAUGGUAAGAUCUCCUGCUUCACCUCGUUUAACUAAGAAAAGAACAGUAUUACGUCGUGCUAAUGCGAGGCUUAUUCAAGCACCUUCCCCUUCAAAUAAGGCAAGUGAUUAUCAACGUUCCUCAAAGUCUCCUGUUAAGACUGUAGAGAUAUCAAGUGAACUUGAUGAAAUAAAUGCUCAGUUUGAAGAAACUUUAAUUGAGAUGUCAAAGAGAUAUCAAAAUUCAAAUGUUGCGAUUGCUGAAAAAUCUCAUUUAUUAAAGAGAAAUCAAGAAUUAUUACAUACACUUGCUUCCAAAGAAGUUGAAGUUGAAUAUCUUAAAAAUGAAUUAUGGGAAGCCGGGAAUAAAAUCCUAAACUAUGAAUCUGAUUUAAAAGAAAUUAUUGAACAACAAGAAGAACCUCUUGCGCUUACUCAUGAAGAUUUAAUAAGAAUAGAAAGAGAAAUAGAAGAUCAAGAAGUAUUAAUUAGUGGUUAUCAGAAGGAUAAUGAUAAGUUAGUUAGUGAGAUAAAAAGUAUGAAUGAACGAUUGAGGGCCUCGGAUGCAGAACAAGAUAAGCAACAUAAUAAAGUCCAGGAAUUAUAUGGUGAGGUUGAGCGUUUGAAGGAAUUAUUGUAUGAGAAAGAAACUCAAGAAACUGUGCCAGAAGGAACCGUAAAACAGAUUGAGGAAAUGAAGAAAGAGAUUGAACGAUUAAAAGAGAAAGAAAAAACUUACGAAAUUAAAGAACUUGCUCUCAAAGAAAUGAAUGAAUUGAAAAAAGAAUUGAGCGAAAUCAGAGAUAGAGAAAGUGAAUAUAUGAUUAAAAUUGAUGAUGUUGAACAUCAACUGUCACUAGCGCGUGAAGAAAUUGUUGCUAUAUCUCGAGAAAGAACAGAGUCAUUAGAGAAAAUGACAGAAGAAAUGAACAUGAUGAAGUAUACGUAUGAAUCACAGAUAGAGGGCAUUAAAAAGGAAGCAAUUUCGAAGGAAGGACGUGAAAAUCGUUUCCGUAAAUUACAGAACGCUAUUGAAAAAAUUGAAACCAAAUACGGUUCAAAUCCAGAAAUCACACAGAUUUGUACUGAUUUACGAAGGGCUAAUUUACUUCUUACCAAAAGACGCAAGUCUACAGCUGACGUUUCAAAACAUUACAAAGAAACGAGUUCGCCACGUUCUCCUACCACGAAAACUCUCAAAAGAACUACUUCACAAUCUUCUUUAGGUGGAAUGUCGCGUGCCAGUACCGUUACUCGUACAGUCAGUCCUACACCUUCGGUUUUAUCCAAUAUAAGCGCUUUGAGCGGUAAGGAUGACCUUCUUGAUUUGCAAGAAGAUGAUCUUCUUGAUAUUUCUAGCGAAGAAUUUGCCGAAAUGAAAGUUAAACUCAUGAAAUUGGAAGAAGAAAGGAAAUCUUCACACGAGUAUGUAGGUAAAUUAGAGGAUGAAUUGAAGUUGUUAAAAGAAAACAAAGUUAAGCUUGAAGAAGAAGUUGAAACAUCGAAAAAAAAUCAUGCUGAACAAAAAGAAAAAUAUGAUCAAAAAAUGCGUGAAAUGGAAGAACUUUUAUUGGAAUUUCCUGCCGAUUCAACUGAAAACAGUGUGGCCGCAAACAUCGUUAACAAUCCUCCUCAACCUGUAAUGGCUGCACCAAAUUUAUUAAAGGAAUUGGACACUAAACAAAAUAUUAUUGAAGAAUUGGUGGAUAAAUUAAAGAGAAAGGAAGAACAAUUAGAAUAUUAUCAAAAUGCCUACCUUGAAAAAACUGAAGAAUGUGAAAAUUAUGUUGAGAAGAUUAAUAACGCAAAUCAAACGUCUGUAAAUGGUGGUGCAGCUGUUAAUACAGGAGAUGCUAUUGGAUCUAGUGGGAAUACUCCAAGUCUUGGUAACUGUAAUGCUUUACCUUUUGAUGAAGAAGUUGGUGAUCUUUCUUCCUUACCUAUAACUAAUGAUAUUAUGGGACUUUUUGGAGAUCUCGGUGACGACCAAGGAAUAUUGGACAUCGAAAAACUUAUUGCUCAACUUGAGCGUACUAUUAAGGAAAGAGACAUGCAACUUGAAGCUGCUCAUCAACGAGCUACUGACGCUGAAUCUAAACUAUUAUCUAUUACUCGAGAAAAAAUUCAAUGGGGUAGUGGAUACGAUACUACCGUCAAACAACUAAAAACGCAAGUUGAGCAUUUGCGAGAGUUAUUACAAAUGGAACGGAAAGAUGCUCGAAGAACAAAGAUUAAUGAAACAACUUCGGAUAGUGAUACGACAAAACCAUUAUCGAAUGAUUCGAAAAGUGUAUCAAUUACUUUGAAUAAUUCAAAUUUAACGCCAGCUUCAACAGCUGAAAUUCAAAAGAUUCGGAGUCAAAUUGAAUCGCUUACCACCGAAAAUAUUACGUUAAAAGCUCAGCUGGCUACGUCUGAAGCUGUUCGACAAGCAGUUCAUGAGAAUACAUUGACAAUUCUACAACAAUCCACUAAAAAUAAUUUUGUUGCUGAUGAAGAUGUGGCAGGAUUAAGAAAACUAACGGUGGAAAAAGAGGCAGAAAUCAGUAUUUGGAAAGGAAGAUGCGUUGGUCUAGAAAAUGUUGUUGAACGUCAACGUGAGUUGAUUACGCUUGUUGUACCUUCCCUUCCAGGAAAUAAUGCCUCCCAUGGUACAAAAGGACUGGUAAAUGGAAAGGCACGUGAAAUAACAAAACUUGUUGACAAUGAUGGAGUUGAUUCUAAAGUAAUUGAAGGUUUGAGUGAAAUUGCAAAGCAACUGAUUCGACAGCUUCAGGAGGAAAACGUAAUAUUGCGACAAACCAAUAUUGCUCGUCAACAAACAAUAAUUAAAAAUGUUGAUAUGGUUUAUGAUGCGCCACCACAAUAUACACCUCCGUUGGCACAAUUUUCAUCUGGUGUCGCUCCUGCUUCAACAGUACAGCUUGAUGCGCUUGCGAAACAAAUUUCCGAUAUCGAAGCGCGCUUCAUGAAACGAGAAAAAGAAUUACAGGACAUAAUUGUAGAGACAAAACGUCAAGGUGAAUUACAACUUGAGAGAUGGAAAGUAAAAUGGGGAGCAUUAAUCGAUAAAAAAAAUUCUGAAAUCAAAGGUUUUAGAAAUGAAUUAGAAGCUUUAAUGGGAUGUUUGGGAAAAUUGGAUUCUGUAAAUGUUAAUGGUACGGACGAUGGUGUUAUUUAA